GUGAUUUUGUUAUCUACAUAGGGUCAUCCUGACCAAUUUCCACUCGAAUUAACCCUUCCUCUCGGUUCUUCGAUCUUCAAUCUGUAUUGUUUUCAUCUUGAAAUCUGAUAAAGUAAAAGGUUUUUAUCUCCUUAAAAACCAACGGAAGCCUUAAUACGAAUCUUGAACCUACUAUUAUUAGGUAAAAAAAUAAAGGAAAAGAGGGAGAAAAAUGCAGCAAGCAGCUGCACAACAACCGGCAAGUCAGGGACCGGCGGCGACGAGGGAUGCGCCGCCGAAGCAGGUGGCGCAGGCGUUGGAGCAGCUCGGGCAGGCGGGGAGGCUGAUCGCCGACGUGCGGCUUGGCGCGGAUCGACUACUUGAAGCCUUGUUCUUCGUGGGGGAUAAACCUCACCACCAGCACUCGGCCAAGUGUUUGAAUUUAAUUCUCAAAGAAGAGUCCUUAAUGCGCCACCACCUCCAGAGCCUCCGCUCCAUUGGAAGACAGCUAGAGGAGUCUGGCGUUCUAAAUGAUUCCCUCCGUGCACGAAGUAAUUCGUGGGGCCUACACAUGCCUCUCGUAUGUCCAGAUGGAGCUGUGGUUGCGUACGCGUGGAAGCGCCAGCUUGCUGGCCAGGCUGGUGCAUCUGCAGUUGAUCGGACCAGACUGGCACUCAAGGCAUUUAAGGACCAGAAAAGGCGGUUUUUCCCACACCUUUCCGAUGAUUCUGUACUAGGACCAGCUGCAAAGAAACACUGCACACCUCUGCCGAUAUCUCAUGAAGAGAUGAGUGAGCCAAAAACGCUGAGCGACAUUUUAUCAAACCUCGAGAAAGAGGUCUUCAAUCUGAAAACAUUUACAUACCAGCGUAUGGAUUGGCUUAAACGUGCAUCAUCUUUGGCUUCCGGUGCAGAUGAGGGCACCACAGAUCCAUCAAAAGGUCAGAGUACCUUUUCAAGCACAAGCAAGUGGGGACAGAGUUCAGUGAGCUCGCAUGGUGGAGAUAAGUCUGCUGUGAUCGAGUUGCUUCUGCCUUGUGUCUUUAGGGCGAUUAUAUCGCUACACACUGCGGGGUCUAUGGUUCCUGAUGCAGUAGCAUUCUAUUCGCCUGAUGAGGAGCAUGCUUCUAUGGCUCUGCAGUACUUUGUUUUUGCGAAUCCAGAAAGAGCAUUGCAUUCACUUCUGCACUGGGUUUGCACUUACCAAACAUUGUUCAUGGAAGCAUGCAGCAAGUGCGGCAAGCUUCUGUCAAUGGACAAACAGUCAGGUUUAGUGUUACCUCCUGUGAAGCGCCCCUUCCGUAAUUUCACUGUUGGUAAAAGUUCGCCAAAAGGCCCCUCUGCCACGAAUGGCAGUCUCCAUCUAAUACCGGCUUUUCACAUUAGCUGCCUCUCAGAGGAAUAAUAGGGGGACUCAUGGGUUCUUGAUUUGGAAUUCAGAGACCUUGUAUCCAGUUUAUAAGUUUAAAAAGGACAGUCUGAUCUCUCUUUAGCCAUCUCCUUCUCUUUUUAGAAUUAUUACUAACAAUGUUGUUUUUUUUUUAUUAUUAUUAUUUUCUUUUAACGAAACGAUAAGAGGUAUUAUAACAAAUCUACAUUGAAAACAAUUUCGGAUACACAUCCACUUAGACUUACGAGACUGCUGUUGUAGUGAUUUGUACCAGAAUCAAUCGAAAGAAUCAAUCCUGAGUCGUUUUGGGUGGAUUAUUU